GAACAGUUUCGCCAGCGCCGAAAGUCCUCUCUCACUUGAAUCUCGAUUGCUUUCCUGAAAGGCACUUAUGAGAGAGAGUUAGUUUUUCUCUAUGCACUCAGUGCUUGUAAGAAGCUGAUUUCGAACGGCAGUAUGCGAAGUAGUUGACUGUACUUGAUCAAGUUAUAUGUAGUUCAAGAACAUAAUAAUGACCUAGAUUUCAAGUGCACUACGCUCAGUUAGUAGAUGUCCGCGAAGGGAGUCAGCUGAUCUUACCCCCGGACUGGCAGCAUCUACUCUCGACCUUCGUCGGGGUAGCCCCCGUGGCCCGCACAGCUUCGCACACCGUCCGUCCGUCUAACAUAAUCAGUGGGUCAGUCAUCUAACCAACACUGAUUCAGUGAUUGCCAGCCCUCUGGCCCCUCUGACCGAUGGCCAUGUGAGCGGAUGUUACUGUCCUCGAUCCGUGCGGAUGGUCGAAAUGUGCACCGCCUUGUUUGUGUUGAUUCCCUGCGCUGCUCGGACCGUCUAGGUCAAGUAGCGGUAGAUUCCCGCCGUGUGGUCUUUGCUGCUACAGAUCCCCAGGUUUUGUUGUCUGAUCUGGUAGUCCGUAUAGAAUACGAAGACCUGCUAUGUAACCUGGAAGGUCUGGGAAGAUCGACGAAGAGCGAGGACUUACAGAAGUCGCGGGUCGGUGCACGUCAACGUCAACCUCCAUCCCCACCGUCACAGAUUCACAGGCACGGUUGCCGCGCCGCGGAUAAGAUUCAGACGUCAGAUUCAGGUUCACUGGACUGUGCAUGUGUCGACUCGAUAUGAUCGAUCUGCGCACGCACGAUGAUCACGACGUGUCCAGCAAGGCACUACCAGCACAGCCUCGCACGAAUUGUGGCUGUUAUUUCAACGAAAUCAAUGUCAAAGUAUUAGUAAUAGUUAUUUUGCUUGCGCGCUAAGCCAGAGCUGCUGUGUUUUAGUCUAGUCUAGCCAAGCGGCACGCGUCGACAGACAGAAGAAGUUACCACUACCGGUGCUAGCAUCCGAUUUCAUCCACAACAAUAUCGGUGCAGCUCUUUCCUGCGGCGGAGAUCGAGAUCGAAAGUCGGCAGUGCAGGGCUGACUACUGUUACAGCUGCGCCUUCAGAAAAAAAAGGCAAUCGUCUCAUUCGUCGGUGUCUGGCACGCAUAGCCUGCCCGUGGCGUACUAAUAACAUCGGCUACAGUCGCUCCAUCGCCUGUGACAGCCACAUCAGCAGCUGCUUGGUGCGGAAAGAUCUUGGCGCAUCUGCAACCGACCUGUAGUGUAGGUGUAAUCGUGCGGAACUACCUUCGGUGAUUUCCGGCGUCACGAUGGAGAGCACGACUGAUGAAAAUAAUUGCCCGUCAUUCUGGCCUACGGACGAUGAGCUGUGUCGCAGGGCGAAGCAGGACAUGGGCUGGUGCACGCGAUCCAAUUCACCGGAAGGCAGAUGCCAGACAAUGAUACGAGAGGACGAGUGGGUACUCAUCAAAACCGCCCUGCGCAAGGGUGAGCACUGCGACUGGAGAGAAGAGAGAAGAGUCAAAAAUUUAGCAAACCAGAUGCUCAAGGUGCACAAGGAUCCCAGUUGCACAUCUCCUUACCAGUGCCUGGUAUGCAGAAAGAAGUACAACACUGUGACACAGCUUUGGCUGAAGAAGUGCCCGGAGUGCAGCAGGUCAGUAUGCAAGCUAUGCAGGAUUGCGUUAAAACGAUCCGUAGAGGACAGCAGAGCGCACUGGCACUGCAAGAUAUGCUCCGUCAACCGCGAGUUUUUCAUGAAAAGUGGUGCAUGGUUUCACCGCUCCUUGCCAGCUUACCUAGCCAGGAAUGACAAUGCCGAUGAUACAAAUGACAGCUCAACCAUCGCUAGAAGCCAGUCGCUCCCCGAGAGUUUGCUACCAACAGCCGUGUGCCCAGCUCAUCAGCAGCCGACUUCAGAUGCACCGCACAUUGUUCAAACCUUACACCAACAACCAAGCAGUCUCAAUGGCGAUGAUGAGCAGCAAGGAGCCGACUCGCCGUGCCAGAGACACCAGGUCGAGAAUCGUGCAUUUACUCUACCACGCAGUAGGACCAUUGAUAGACCAUUACCAAGCUGGCAGGAUGUAAUGGACCUGCAUAUCAGGCCCAGAUCUGCCCUUGGCAGGACCAUGUCCGGAACGCGUAUGAAAGUACCUAAAAUGAGUAGCAGACCUCAAUCUGCCCAGAGUGUCUCGCGCUUGAGCUGGCAAGAUACGUAAGAGAUAGUAGACUGGCUAGAGGCUACAGGCCACAGGCUACAGGGCGGCACCGACGGUACUAUCGGCAGGGAACUCGUGUCAUCGUGAUAUUCAGUGUGUAUACAGACGUAUGUCGCAUCCCGUGAUCAACUGUGCACUGAUACACUGAUCACCCGCCACUUGGCCUAUCCCGCCGUGACAGUCUUGAUGCACGUGCACGUCACGCUUAUCAUCCAAGCUCACUCAUAGCAACCAUUAACGUGCGUUCUUUCUGAA